GGAAGUUAUCGCUGGUCUGCCGGAAAAAAGGCAGGGAACCCGGAAGUAAACAUUACCGGAUCGCUUCGUUCGUGGCGGAUGGUUUUGGCGUGCUCUGGGCCGGACUGGGGGAAGCCAUUUCAUCAUGUCGGCGGCAGCCAUAGAUACGGUUAAUGCCACACCCCUUUCGGGGUCAAAGGAGAUGAGUUUGGAGGAGCCAAAGAAGAUGACCAGAGAAGACUGGAGGAAAAAGAAGGAGCUAGAAGAGCAGAGAAAACUGGGCAAUGCUCCGGCGGAAGUUGAUGAAGAGGGAAAAGAUAUCAACCCUCAUAUCCCUCAGUACAUCUCUUCGGUUCCAUGGUACAUUGAUCCAUCAAAAAGGCCCACAUUAAAGCAUCAGAGACCACAGCCAGAGAAACAGAAGCAGUUCAGUUCCUCUGGGGAAUGGUACAAGAGAGGUGUAAAGGAGAAUGCUAUAACUACCAAGUACCGCAAAGGGGCAUGUGAAAAUUGUGGGGCCAUGACACACAAGAAGAAAGACUGCUUCGAGAGGCCAAGGCGGGUUGGAGCAAAGUUCACAGGCACUAACAUCGCCCCAGAUGAGCACAUCCAGCCCCAGCUGAUGUUUGACUACGAUGGGAAGAGGGACCGCUGGAAUGGCUACAACCCAGAAGAGCACAUGAAAAUCGUUGAGGAAUAUGCCAAAGUUGACCUGGCAAAACGAACUUUGAAAGCUCAGAAACUGCAAGAAGAGUUAGCAUCUGGAAAAUUAAUGGAACAAGCUAAUUCUCCAAAACAUCAGUGGGGAGAAGAGGAACCCAAUUCUCAGAUGGAAAAGGAUCAUAACAGUGAAGACGAGGAUGAAGACAAAUAUGCAGAUGAUAUUGACAUGCCCGGGCAGAAUUUCGACUCUAAGAGACGCAUUACUGUUCGGAAUCUCAGGAUUCGUGAAGAUAUUGCAAAAUAUUUGAGAAAUUUAGAUCCAAAUUCUGCCUAUUAUGAUCCAAAAACUAGAGCGAUGAGAGAGAAUCCCUAUGCCAAUGCAGGAAAGAAUCCAGAUGAAGUGAGUUACGCUGGAGAUAACUUUGUUAGAUACACUGGAGACACCAUUUCAAUGGCUCAAACACAGUUGUUUGCUUGGGAAGCCUACGACAAGGGAUCUGAAGUACAUCUCCAGGCAGAUCCUACAAAACUAGAGCUGCUCUAUAAGUCCUUCAAGGUCAAAAAGGAAGACUUCAAGGAGCAGCAGAAAGAAAGCAUCCUGGAAAAGUAUGGUGGCCAAGAACACUUGGAUGCUCCUCCAGCUGAGCUGCUGCUGGCCCAGACAGAAGACUAUGUGGAGUACUCCAGGCAUGGAACGGUCAUUAAAGGCCAGGAGCGGGCUGUCGCCUGCUCCAAGUAUGAGGAAGACGUGAAGAUCAAUAACCACACGCACAUCUGGGGAUCUUACUGGAAGGACGGCCGGUGGGGAUACAAAUGUUGUCACUCGUUUUUCAAGUACUCCUAUUGCACCGGAGAAGCGGGGAAGGAGAGUGUUAAUUCAGAGGAAUGUAUUAUAAGUGACACAGCUGGAGAAGAACCUGCAAAGAAACCACAGACCCUCAUGGAGCUGCAUCAGGAAAAACUAAAAGAGGAGAAGAAGAAGAAAAAGAAGAAGAAGAAACACCGAAAGAGCAGCUCCGACAGCGACGACGAGGACAGGAAGCACGAGAAACUGAAAAAGGCACUGAAUGCAGAGGAGGCCCGCCUUCUUCAUGUCAAGGAGAUCAUGCAGAUUGAUGAGCGGAAGCGGCCAUACAACAGCAUAUAUGAAACCCGGGAGCCCACUGAAGAGGAAAUGGAGGCCUACAGAAUGAAACGGCAGAGGCCAGACGACCCCAUGGCCUCUUUCCUGGGACAGUAGUAACUAGUCAGGAUGGGAUACAUACACAGCAUGUUCAUUCCGGCUCCUUCCUGACUCUUGAUAGAAAGUCCUUGUCCUUUCUUUCUGCUGUCUGACAUUAAUAAAGCUUUCCAAAGUCUCAGAAUUGUUCUCCACAGUCAAGAAACAAAGUGAGUAAGAAAGAUCAUACAUUUGUGGGUUGGGAUUAAACAUCAUCCAUUCUAAUUAGAUUAGGGAAGAGACUUUGGCUGUCUUCCUCGCAAGAGUGUCCUUCAGAGCCUGGCACAGUGGCUCAAGCCUGUGAUGCCAGCACCUGAGAGUGGAGUCAGGGAGCAAGAGUUCAAGGUCAGCCGAGUGUGGUGGUACACACCUGUAAUCCUAGCAGAGAUUGUGCCAGAGCCACCCUCAGCUACAGUGCAAGCUUGAGACCAGCCUACGCCAUGUGAGACUUUGUCUCAAUGAAUAAGAGUUUGAAGCUGUGCUAGGCUACAAAGCAAGAUGGCCUCAAAUUUAAGAAAAAAUAGAAGUCACCUGUCCCAUAGUUAGGUCUCAAGCUGUGUACAGUCUCUGGUCUUCUAUACAGCAGCACCAUGGUGGAGGCAGGGCCUCACCCUACAGCCAGAGCUCCUCAGUUCCUAACCUCAAGGAGUGACAUCACUAGUAAUUUAUCUCAAUAAUUGCAGUUUUUUAUAGAAUUCUAUUCAUUUUAAUGCCUUUUAGGAUUUUCUUGGUUUCAAACAACAACAAAUAUUCUGCCUUCGUCUGCAUCACCAGAAGGAAAUCUAUAAGGCAUGUAAAUAUCUGUGUUCCCCAUAAUCUGAAUAAUAAAUCUAUUUUUCACUUGGUUGUUAAA